AUGAAGGACAUGCCACUCAAAAUUCAGGUGCUACUUGGCCUAGCUCUCACUGCAUUGGUACAAGCUAUAGAUAAAAAAGUGGAUUGUCCACCAUCAUGUACAUGCGAAAUAAGACCUUGGUUUACACCCAGAUCCAUUUAUAUGGAGGCUCUUACGGUGGAUUGUAAUGAUUUAGGUCUUUUUAAUUUCCCGGACAGAUUGCCUGCUGACACACAGAUCCUACUGCUGCAGACCAACAAUAUUGCAAAAAUUGAAAACUCGGUAGACUUUCCAGUGAACCUUACUGGUCUGGACUUAUCACAAAACAACUUAUCCUCAGUCACCAAUAUUAAUGUAAGAAAGAUGCCUCAGCUUCUUUCCAUAUAUCUGGAGGAAAAUAAACUUACUGAGCUGCCAGAAAAAUGUCUGUCCAGGCUGAAUAAUUUACAAGAACUCUAUAUUAAUCAUAACUUCCUUUCUACCAUUUCACCAGGAGCCUUUAUUGGUCUACAUAAUCUUCUCCGACUUCAUCUCAAUUCAAAUAGAUUGCAGAUGAUCAACAGUAAGUGGUUUGAAGCUAUUCCAAAUCUGGAGAUUCUCAUGAUAGGAGAAAAUCCAAUCAUCAGAAUCAAAGAUAUGAACUUUAAGCCACUUAUCAAUCUGCGCAGUCUGGUUAUAGCUAGCAUAAAUCUCACUGAAAUACCAGAUAAUGCACUGGUUGGCCUGGACAAUUUAGAAAGCAUCUCAUUUUAUGAUAACAGAUUUGUUAAAGUGCCCCACGAGGCUCUUCAAAAGGUAAUUAACCUCAAAUUUUUGGAUCUAAAUAAGAAUCCUAUUAAUAGAAUACGAAGAGGAGAUUUCAGCAACAUGUUACAUCUAAAAGAGUUGGGAAUAAAUAAUAUGCCUGAAUUGAUUUCUAUAGAUAGCCUUGCUAUUGAUAAUUUACCAGAUCUAAGAAAAAUAGAAGCUACUAACAACCCUAGAUUAUCAUACAUACAUCCAAAUGCAUUCUACAGACUUCCCAAACUUGAAUCACUCAUGCUCAACAGUAAUGCCCUCAGUGCCCUAUACCAUGGAACCAUUGAGUCCCUGCCUAACCUCAAAGAAAUCAGCAUACACAGCAAUCCCAUCAGGUGUGACUGUGUUAUUCGCUGGAUCAAUAUGAACAAAACCAACAUUCGAUUGAUGGAGCCUGAUUCACUACUUUGUGUGGACCCUCCUGAAUUUCAGGGUCAGAAUGUUCGACAAGUACAUUUCAGGGAAAUGAUGGAAAUUUGUCUCCCUCUGAUUGCCCCUGAAAGUUUUCCUUCUAAUCUGGAUUUAGAAGCUGGGAGCUAUGUCUCAUUACACUGUAGAGCUACAGCAGAGCCAGAGCCUGAAAUCUACUGGAUAACACCAUCAGGCCACAAACUCUUGCCUAAUACUCUUUCUGACAAAUUUUAUGUCCAUUCUGAAGGUACAUUAGACAUAAGUGACAUAACUCCAAAGGAAGGUGGUUUAUACACUUGCAUAGCAACUAACCUGGUUGGUGCUGACUUAAAGUCAAUUAUGAUCAAAGUUGAUGGUUCUUUUCCCCAGGAUAAUAAUGGCUCUUUGAAUAUUAAGAUAAAAGAUGUUCAGUCUAAUUCAGUUCUGGUAUCUUGGAAAGCAAAUUCUAAAAUUCUUAAAUCUAGUGUUAAAUGGACUGCUUUUGUUAAAACUGAAAAUUCUCAUGCUGCCCAAAGUGCUCGAAUACCAUCUGAUGUCAAGGUAUAUAAUCUCACACAUCUGAAUCCAUCAACUGAAUAUAAAAUUUGUAUUGAUAUCCCCACUAUCUACCAGCAAAAUAAAAAACAAUGUAUUAAUGUCACCACAAAAGGACUGGAUCUUGACCUGAAAGGUUAUGAAAAGAAUAACAUAACAGCAUUCAUUGCCUGCAUAGGAGGUCUUCUGGGGGUAAUCAGUGUGAUAUGUCUUUUCAGCUGCAUCUCUCAGGAGAUGAACUGUGAUACUGGACACAGCUAUGUACGGAAUUACCUACAGAAGCCAACGUUUGCAUUUAGUGAGCUUUAUCCUCCUCUAAUCAGCCUUUGGGAUGCAAGAAAAGAGAAGAGCACAGCACUUGAAGUAAAAGCAACUGUCAUAGGUGUGCCAACAAAUAUGUCUUAAGAAUAGUGGUUAAAAAAAAAAACUUACUUUCUAUGAAGAAAACCACAAGACUAUAGUUGUGCUAAAUAAAUGGGACAAAAAUAUUAUUCUUUAGAAAGAAGUCUAGACUUCAUCAGUGCUGCUGCUGACAAUGGAAACAUGUAUGAGUUCAGCAUUAAAAAAAAAAGUAUUUUAAUUAACUGGCUUCAAAGGGUACUGUGGCAACCAAAUAAAACAACUUCAUUUUCUAGACCUUUCAUUUGACUUUUCUGUCUGGAAUACAGCUCAAGAACAUUUUCUGUAUUUUUUUUAAGUAUGUAAGAGUAGUUGAACUGAGCAAUACCUCCUCCUGUGUUGCAUUACACAUAUUAGCCACGAGUUUUUGCAGUGACCAGAUAAACUUGAAUUGGCACGUGGUAUAGCAAAAUGGACAAAUUAUGUAGAGUAGACACAGUGAGUAUGUGAAACUUUUUUAUGAGGAAAAA